AUGGCAGACAGAGAAGGCUGGCACACCGUCGAAUUAAGGAUCCCAUUCCGAACCCCAGAACACGCCGUCAUUGCCAGGCGGGCAUUGGACGUGGACAAGGAGCAGAACGCAGGCAUGGUACACAGGGAGAUGAGCGUCGAAGGAGACAUACUCGUGGUCAACUACUAUACCACAACAGUUCGUCUCCUCCGGCUCGCUACAAACUCUUUCCUGUCCUCGGCAGAUCUCGUGCUCCGCACCAUGUCCUCGUUUGCGCCUGAUCCCUCAGACAGGAUCCCUACGGAUAAGGAGCUGGAAGAGAUCAGGCGGGAGGCCAACAGGUCAACGGGAAUGGGCGGUGGGAUCGAGCUGAAAGGAGACGGGAAGGGGGCAGGGAGUGGGGAGGAGGUCAGAUAA